AUGUUGCGCGCAUCAGUCCGUGGUUUCUCGACGUUCUCGAGGCUGAGGAGUGCGUAUCCGGCGAGCUUGACGCGCGCGCUGGACCGCGGCGCGUUCAUCGACAUUCAUCCCGAAGUCGCAGACGCUCUUGCCACCAACAAGCCCGUCGUCGCGCUUGAGACGACGAUCAUCACCCAUGGAAUGCCAUAUCCUGUCAAUCUCGAGACAGCCAAGUCUGUAGAACGCAAUGUGCGCUCGACCGGCGCCAUCCCUGCUACUAUUGGCGUCAUUGGUGGACGCGUCAAGAUAGGGCUUGAGCCUGUGCAGCUGGAGUACUUGGCUGAUAUCAAGACAAAUCCUUCCUCUGUGAAGCUGUCGCGUCGGGAUCUUGCUGCAGCGAUUGCUCUCAAGAAGGAUGGAGGCACCACCUGCAGUACCACCCUGAUAUUUGCCGCCUUGGCAGGAAUAAAGGCAUACAACGCAUUUUCGAUCCUGGGAGGCGUGCAUCGAGGCGGAGAAAAUUCUUUGGACGUGUCGGCGGACCUGCAAGAGCUCGCGCGUUGCCCUGUUGGAUUGGUAUCUGCCGGCGUCAAGUCUAUACUGGAUAUUGGAAGUUAUAAUGACAUCCAGGAAACUCUUGGUGUCCCUGUAUUCACAUAUGGGAAGACAGAUGACUUCCCCGCGUUCUACAGCACUCGGAGCGGCUUUAAGAGUCCAUGGAGAGUGGACAGUCCACAGAUUGCCGCCGAUGUCCUAUACGCACAAUGGAAGCUCGGUAUGAGUAACGGCGUUCUCUUUGGUGUACCCAUCCCCGAGACAUACGAAGCCGUCGGGGAGCGGAUACAGCAGGCCGUGGAACAAGCUGUCAGAGAGUCUGAAGAAAAUGGGGUAUCAAAGCGCGGGAAGGAGGUCACGCCCUGGCUUUUGAAGCGCGUCGGAGAGCUCACACAGGGCAAAUCCUUGGCUAGCAACGUUGCUCUGAUUGAGAAUACGGCCCUAGUAGGAGGCCAAAUUGCAGUCGCUUAUGCAAAGUUGGCAGCGGAUCAGCCGCAAGAAAAUUAUCUUGUUCCGCCAUUGCUUGUGAAAACCUCAGCGCCUAGUGAGCAAGCGCCAUCACCAUCUCCCACAGAAGAGAAGCCGGCUGCGAAGCUGCUCGUGGUUGGAUCCGCCGCCGUAGAUAUCACUUCACAGGCAUCCAUCUCCGACCAAGGCGGUGGUCUACAUUCUACGACUCCUGGCAGCGUUUCCGUAUCCUUGGGUGGAGUAGGGCGAAACAUGGCAGAAGCGGCUCAUCGUAUUCUGAUGUUGCAAUCCACAAGCUCUUCCUCCACAACGAUUCUCAUCUCAGCUGUAGGCGGCGACUCAUUUGGCCGUUUACUCGUCGACGAGAUGGGCCGAAUGGGUAUGCGCACUGAUGGCUUGGUGCACUUCGAAUCGAGCAGGUCCGCGGUAUGCAACAUGGUCCUAGACAGUGGUGGAAACUUGGUCGGGGGCGUCGCUGAUAUGGACAUUAUCAGCUCGUUGAAGCCUGAAAAAGUCCUGGAGUACAUCCAGAAGCAUAAACCAUCACUUAUUGCUAUCGACGCAAAUGUAUCGUCUGAUGUGCUCAAGUCCAUCGUCAUAUACGCCAAUGCCAAUGGCGUAAAAAGUGGUGAGCCUACCUCGGUGAUCAAAUCAACGACCAUUCUGCCUGCAAUUGCUGCCUCCUUACAGACCUCGAACUCGGCUCUGGCUCCCAUCACAUUUGUUUCCCCGAACCUGCUCGAGCUCAGUGCCCUUUAUAAUGGCGCAUCUAACGAGCCGCACGAGCUAACGAGCCAUCCUAAGUGGUGGGCAGCCCUCGACGGGCUGUCCCUAGGAACAGAGUUCCGCUUGUCACUUGAACAGCUCUCGCGCUGCAGUGCCAGCGAUGAAGACUCUAGCAAGGGGACAUUGGCCUUCCUCGUCGACCAGGGUAUUGCUCAGAUGGCUACCAAUCUUUUGCCAUUCUUCCAGCACCUCAUCAUUAAGUGUGGCCCCCUCGGCGUCAUUCUCGCGAUGCGCAUUCCCGCAACCGGCGGAUCUCUCUUCAUGCUCGAACGCAGCAACCCUCGCCGUCGAUACAUUGUUGCGCAUGGAGCAACGGAGAUCGUCGUCUUUAAGCAUUUUCCCGCUCUCACUUUACCCAAAAAGGCGGUCUUGAAUGUCACGGGCGCCGGUGACAGUCUAGUUGGCGCCAUUCUAGCGGCCAUUGCCGAGAACCAAUAUGUGUUCGAAGACCCACAGACUGUGGACAUGGCAAUCGAUAGAGCACAAAGAGCUGCGAUAAGAACUCUUCAGAGUCCUCUUGCUGUCUCUCCAGCACUCUCUACGCUCGAUGUGGAACUAUAGCAGCGCUUUUCGUUACAGAUACAAACGCAGAAGGUUAGUCGCCUCGUCUCGCUGCUUAUAUUCUUCAGCAGUGAUGGGGGUUUCUGCACGAUGCCUUAAUAGGGCUUUUUUCACCUUCGUACCUGCAUGUAUUCUCUGCCGCGGAUAUAUAUGAGAUGCGCAGCCAAUUCUGGCACGGGCUCAUGCCGCUCAAGGGUUCAGAAACACAUUGUCAGGUUUC